AUGCCUGCAUCCCCCAGAAAACCAGGUCAAUAUGCCGAGCACUCGCCGACGGGGGAAUACGUCCAGAAGCAGUCCAUCCCGAAGUCGGUGGCGAGGGCGAUCCCCAAGGACGACAUUGUGAACACAAUGAUGGUUUGGGGGUUGGAGGGGAUGAGCGGGAAGCGAAGGUUCAGAACGCCACAGACGGAGCAGGCGAACGCCAGGAGACGGCUGCAGCGCGCUCUCAAAAAGGCAAGGGCGGCGUACCCGCCUCUUACGACUUUGCCUCUUCCUGUAACCACGAAAGCACAGGCGGUGCACCGUCCCGCGAUGGUGGACGCGUCUGAGGCCGAGCGCGACACCCGCAAGAAGACACUCCCUGCAUAUACCGUUUCGGCCCCCACCUCCGCCGAGAUCUCCUGGGAUGUGCUCCCUAACGAGUCCGCUGUGUCGACGACUGCCGUCGGGCUACAGCCAGACUCAGCAGCCCGUUUCGACUCCGGACAUCGUAGUCGGAGGGUGGCGACGACGCAGCCCACGCAGGGUCGACAGCUGCGGGAGCAGAAACCUUACUCCCGGGUUGGAGGCCACGUUGGUGCACAAGGGUAUGCAGCCACCUGGUAUGCGAUCCCUGAAGAUACACCCGCCUUCCUUCCCGCCCCGCGCGAAGAGUGCCCGCCACUCGACAUUUUCGGGGACGCACCAUUCGCUGGCGCGGGUUACGCCGACCACCACUUCGCCAACGUCAUCAACGGCGGCAUUGUUCCGCCAUCGCCAGCGUCGCAGCCCGAUGUGCCUGCCGUCGGGGUGCAUGAGCCACUUGUCAACUGGCACAGAGUUCCCAUUCCGACCACCUACGGCUCCAUCUUGGACGCCACUCGCGGGCGAUCGACCGGAUUAGCUUCAGUCAGCCAUCCCGCCCUAGUGCUACCCGGACGGCUGUCGGAGCAGGGCUACAACCCGGAGGACGAACCGUUCGACUUGGAAGCGCUGGAGCGCAGCCUCGCUAACAGCACGGAGAGCACGUCCUCGGACGCCCUCGUCAACCCGUACGAUGCUCGCGGGUACGUUGUGCACGCUCGCACCGUCGGGGCACUCCCCGCGCACUACACCGGAGCUCGUUCAAUCGCCGUCGGCCCGUUGUCGGGCGUACCCGAGGCCAUCUGGCAGGCGGAUGCAGGAGCGCACAAUACGGCCGCGGGCAAGCCAACGCUCAACGCCGUCCUUGACGCGUCGAUCGUCGAGGCGAACGUCAGCACUUCCAUGGGAAUCCCUUCGAUCGACCUUUUCGCGAUUCCGAUGGACGACGAUCCCACCUUCGACGGGUGCUUCGACGAGUGCGAACCCUUGUGGCUGCCCGAAGCGAAGGCUUUGGGCAGCCACGCCCCCAUAGCAGAGUGGAGCGACAUCGUGCACUUCACCACGUCGUCGGCCCACUACCCGCAAUCUCAGGCUGCUAACCCUUGCAUAGGGUCGGCGGCCGGUGCGCGAUAA